AGAAUUAACGAGAUUGUAAAAUUGGGACAACACUUUCUGUAUCUAAAGGUCAGGCACGAAGUUGAGAGAGAGAAACUUAUUACAUUGUUUACAUUUUUUAGGAUACUAGAAUUUCUCCACCCACUCCCAUGCUUCUGGACAUAAGCUAUGAUGAUUCAUACUCGCUGAAAAUGCAUAAUCUUUAUAUAUUAGUGAGUGAGAGGAUGUUGCAUUUCGCAACAUGCCUGUCCUGACAGCCAUAUACAAAGCAUGGCAUCAGCAGCACAGGCCAACCAAUGGAUGACAUCCAAACAUACAAGUAAUAUAAUAAGUAAUCAGCCUCAGUAUCAAAAAUCGCAGCAAACAACAAUGACAACAAUGACAUCUCAACCACCUGACACGCGACAGUUGGAUUUUAACCAGGCCAUGCAGGACUUUAAGCAUAUGUUCCCAACCAUGGAAGAGGAGGUGAUUGAAGCAGUGUUACGUGCCAAUAAUGGAGCUGUAGAUGAAACCAUUGAUCAGUUACUGACAAUGAACAUUGACAAUGAAGAUGACAGUGUGCCUCUUCAUUUACUGAAGGAGGAACAUGAUUCAGUACAGCCUCAAGAAAGGGUAAGUGAAGAUGCACCUCCUAGCUAUGCAGAGGCCAUGCAAACAGCUCCAGAUAACAUUUCUUUGAGAUCAGAGACUGUUCCCAAGCAGUCCCUACCUGAGGAGGACUGGCUUGCUCUGCUGACUUCACCUAACACACAGCCGAAACCAGGUAAAGGUGUUGCAAGCACACCUUCUGGUUCUCCUUAUAGUUCACAGGCAGCACCCCCUUACAGUCCUCAGGUGCCACCUUACAGCAGUCACCCAACAACACCAGUUAACUCAACACAUCCUAGCAUGCCCAAAAUGGGGGUAUCGGAGUACACGCCUCGAGUAAAGAGGAACAAUUACAGACGGUGGAAUCCACCCUUGUUAGGAAAGCUUCCUGAUGAGUUUCUGAGGAUAGUACCCACAGAUGAACAGAUACGAGCAAAGCAGUCUUUACAAUUGCAGCAGCAGCAGUUUCUGAGAACAGACUGGUAUUCCCCCCAGUAUACUCCCCAGACACACCUUCCCAGCAGGGGACAGUUACAUCCUCCAGGAUGGGGGCAACUUCACACGCAACAUCAACAACAUCAUCAUCAGCAACGUACGCAAUGGGCAGACCAGCCUGAGGGUACUCAGAAUUGGCGUCAACCUCUGCUUGAUCAAAAAGUUCCCCCAAGAGGGAGACAGCAUUUUAGGUCACAAAGUAUGAAUGAAUUUGAGAGGAAAUCAAAACCCAAAAAGUUGGAUUCUAGGCUUGUUCACAAAAGUUUGAGUAUACGAGAAUCCACUCAACCUAGACCUGUGAAUGGGUCACAGAAUGGACAGCCUUUGCAAGGAUCAGAAUUUAGCAGUCACUCACAGAUGCUACAGAAGCGUAUGGCAGAAAAUGAGCGGCGGAGAGCAAGCACCAACAGGGAACUAGACCCUGAGAUGGCUCAGUACUUGGAGGAUGAAAGACUUGCUAUUCUUAUGCAGAAUCAGGAAUUUUUAAGAGAAUUAAGGGGCAAUGAAGAAUUUAUGAAGACACUAGAAAGAGAUCGCAUGAAUAGAACAGCAUUUGAGUUUCAUAAUGCUCCUGACUCCACUUCCUCUUCUGAAGAAGAUAAUACCCCCAGAUUACAAAAUCGCAGGAGACGUUGUUUAAGUCCAGAGUCAACUUCUUCCAGUGGAGAUAAUGUUAGUCCGCCACCAUCAACAGAAAAUGUUAGGCAACAAAUGACUCCAGACUCCUCUUCCUCCAGUGAUGAAGGUGAAGGAUAUGGCCGAGACAAUACUGAAGAAUUGGGGGCAUUUCCAUUCACCAAACCGCUUCCCAAAGAUGAAGAUGUGGAGUUUCAAAAGCAACUUAAGCAGAUGGGAGUCCCUGCAAGAAAGAAGUUCAUGGCCAUUGCUCGAAAAUUCUUAUCGCGAAGAAAGAAGAAGUCCACUCCAAAAAAUAUAUACAAAAAUGCCUCUGGUCCAUCUACUUUGAACCUACUCGAAGACAAUGAUGAUGAAGAGCUUUUGGGGGGUGAUGAAGAAGAGGAAAGGCAGCAACCUGAAACCCCAGAGUUUGAAGCUUUGCCUGGAACAACAAUCCGCAACAGGGGCACAACUGAUGCAUUUCCAGGUGAUGAUGAUUGGAACAGGCAGAUGCAGCAGUACUACAUAUGAUAUGACAACAGAGGUCAAAGAUACAGACGUAACCAGCAAUUCUGUAUGUAAGACACAGAGGACAGUGAUGCUGGCAACAAGAGCAAUGUUUCGAAUUGUAAUAUGCCUUUCUUGCCACUUUAUGUUAAGUGAGCUAUAUGAUGAAGUUAGGCCAAAGUUUUGGUGUGUGGUAAACAGGCAUUGUUAUUCCUGCACAUAUUAUAUCUGGUCAUGAAAUAUAAACUAUUUUCUCUCAUUUUCAGGAAAGUCAAAUGCAGAUGAGCCAGGCUAGAAUGUUAUAAAAGCAUGUUGAGAUGACCAUGUUUGUUCUCACAAAUAUUUUAUAAAAGGGUUGAUCUUUGUGGUAUUUACUUGUGUUGUUAAUUUUCAACAAGGGCAAGUGAUAUUUUAAUUGAAUAUGAAAGUCCUGAAGGCCAAAAUGUGUGACAUACAUAUAGGUACUUGGCCAUAGGAUAUCGUUUCAUUAUUCAAAAACAAGCCUGGCAGAAAACUACUCUGUGAUUGUAUUCUCUGUAAUAGUAAAGUGUAUGAGUUUUAUAGUAUAUUGGUCAGAAUGAUCAUGCAAGCUGGAAUUGCAAUGUUUUGUUUUUAAUAUAUGGAUGUAAAAGGCAGCUUGGGACCUGUGCAAGUGUAGUCCCUUAUUGCAAUUGCAUACACAAGAAUGUCUGAAUUAUUGAAGACCUUUUCAGAAAGAAAUCUGGUUCUACUUUUAAAAUAUUAAAACAGUGUGUGGUAGAAUUUGUCACCUACCUAUGCUUUGAUUUUCACAAUUUUUUUAUUUCAUAUCUUGUCGUGUAAAUGUGCUCUUAUAUCCAACUGUCUGUACUUAUUUUCAGCUAUAAUAGGGAGGUUUUAAAGUUACUCAAACUUUUUAAAAGUCCCACAUUUAUCUCCAAGCAAAAUUACAUACAUAUCAAGAUCAGAUCUUAUCAUUUCUUUGCAUAAUACUCACAAAAAUGAGUUUCUUAAAAAAUACUGGCAUGCAACAUCUAAAAUAGUCAGAUGGGCCAUAUUAAAAAAACCAUGCCUAGAAUUCAACAAUUGAAUUUAAUAACUCAAUAACGGGUACCGGAGAAGAUCAGCAUUGGUCAGAAUUGUGCCGGAAGUGACGUG